GCAACGAACACAAACUGCAUCCGGUGGCAAUAGUACAAUUAACAUAUUCGGGUAAUGGAAUGUGGCAAUCGCAACCAUUCCUGCGCAACUUGACCCCGACCGUGAUCGCCGUUCUCCGCCCCCUUCCUGCCUAUGGACGCGCUGCCCACUCCGUCUCCUGCUGCUGACAGCGGCAUUGCAUCGCUGCGGAAUGCGCUAGCCACUAAGGAGCGCCUCCCGUCGGCCGCCAGCGCCGCCAUCGACGCGUUCCUGGCCACGACGCAGCGACUACAGCACCGCGACAGUCGUUCGGGCGCCUCAGGCUUCGAACGCGAGUACAUGGAGCUCUGCUGGAGCAUCGAUAAAGCUCCAGGCUAUGAGGCAGCGCUGACGGUGCAAACUAAAGCAACCAAGGCCAAAAACCGGUACCGAGACGUGUUACCGUUUGAGAAGACGCGUGUGAAGCUGCAAACAGCGUCAUCUCAACCUGGAGACGACUACAUCAACGCCAAUUACAUUGACGGAGGCUACAUCGCCUGCUGUGCGCCGGUACCUGCUGCUAUCCGCGACUUCUGGCACAUGAUAUGGCAGUGCGACGUACACGUAGUGCUCAUGCUCACAAACUUUGUCGAAAGUGAGCGACUGAAAGCCGAUUUGUAUUGGGACCCACGAGGGGAGACCGUGGACUUUGACGGCAUAACAGUCAAGUUGAUGGAUGAACAGCAUCCUACAAGCUUGGGAUUCAUUGUCAGGAGGCUUAAGGUCUGGAAGGAUGGGAGCGGAGAGAGUCGUGUCAUUCAGCAUAUUCAGCUGACGACGUGGCCUGAUCACGGCGUGUUACGUGACUUCCGAGUAGUUGCACCAAUGCUCGAUGCAGUCAACAGCUACCGCGACGAGGCAUCGAGACGCUAUAAGGUGGAUACGAGAGUUGUGGUGCACUGUAGUGCUGGCAUUGGACGCUCCGGCACGUUCAUCGCCAUAGAUAUCCUGUUGAAGCAGCUACGUCAAGCUCUGAUGGAUAGAGCGGGCAGUGCGGAGGCGAUGAAGCAGGCGCUGGACAUCCCGCGAGUCGUCUACAGUCUGCGAUCACAGCGACCUGGCAUGGUACAAACCCCGGGACAGUAUCAAAUGAUUUACCAGUAUUUAGCUGCCGUGGUUAGCGACAACCAGCCUUGGUGAUCGAUGGUAGAUACUCAUUAAUGUGGGAGAAAUAGGAAUACCGUCUGUAUUUAAAUCCCUCCGCUGUGACUUCAAUGCAGUUUUCUUAACGAUCUUCAUCGUGUUGCGUUUCUGGAUCUUACGCAGUGCC